UGAGGCAGCUCAGCCCCGCCCCGCCCCGCGCUUCCGGGCCUGCGCAGCGGCCGCGUGUGUCCGGGACCCUUAGAGCCGCGGCAAUGAAGCCGAGAAAAAAUAAAAAACGAGUUCCAAGCUUUCGCAAGUUGCUGAAAACUAGUAAGGUAAAACUUGACAAUAAGUUAAAGAAUAAACAGUUUAAGCAGCAGAGCAUUGCUAAGAAAUAUCGAAAAGAGCAAAGAAAACUUAGGCAAGCUGUCAAAGAUGUUACAUCCAGAACAUCUGUUCCAUUGGAAGAAAACAAGAAAAAACAUGCAGCUGAAAGAGAAGAGGAAGAGGAAGCUCUUCCACUGGAUAUGAUGGAUGAAGAUGACCUGAAAUUAAUGGAAGAUUUAGCUCAAAAAGCAUCAUUUGUAACGAGAGACCUUUCUUCUGUUGAACCUGUUCAUGCUAAGAAACGAAAACAGGAAAGCGUGAUUGACAGAUAUGAGAAAAUGCCAAGGCGCAUGCAGACUGAGCCAGAAAAAGAACUUAUUCACCUGCUUCCUAUCAAAGACAAAAGUGGCAUUAUUCCACAAACAAUGGAAAAGCCAGUCAUCAGUGUUGCUCAGAACGAAGAGGAGGAAGACACAGAAGAAAUGGAGGUGGUAGAAGAAUCUUGUGAAGAACCCCAGCCUGUGCUCACUACAGAUGAACUGCUAAUUCAAAGGAGAAGGAAGCUGCAGGAGAAGAAGAGACACAUUGCAGCCUUAGCAGCUGCCAUUCUAUCUGACCCAGAAAACAGCAUAAAGAAGCUGAAAGAGUUGCGUGCCAUGCUAAUGGAACAAGACCCCAAUGUGGCUGUGAUUGUUCGGAAGCUGGUGAUGGUUUCUCUGAUGGAAAUAUUCAAAGAUAUUACUCCUUCUUACAAAAUUCGGCCUCUGACUGAAGCAGAAAAACAUACCAAGGUUAGAAAAGAAACUCAGAAACUAAGAGAGUUUGAAGAAGGCCUUGUGAGCCAGUACAAGUUUUACUUGGAAAAUCUGGAACAAACAGUUAAAGACUGGAAGCAAGGAAGCUGAGAAAAGUACGUGAUCUCAUUAAAAGCAUAUAAAGGUCUGGCAGAGAUUGCAGUCAAGUGCCUGUGUGAGCUUCUUGUGGUGCUGCCUCACUUCAAUUUCCACAAUAACAAUGUCCUGAUUGUACCUCUCAUGAAUGACACAUCAAAAUUGAUUUCUGAAAUGUGCUGUGAAUCUGUAAAGAAGCUCUUUAAACAAGACAAACUGGGCUCUGUUUCUCUGGGUGUCGUUAAGGUGAUUUCUGGCCUUGUAAAGAGCAGAAAUUAUGAUGUUAGACCUGAGGUGCUAAAAAUAUUCCUUCAUCUAAGAAUUAAAGAAGUAGAAGUAAAAAAAGACGCAGAAGACAUUACUGCGAAGAAAAAGUUCAUGUCCUUUAAGGAGAAAAGGAAAAAUCUUUCAAGGAUGCAAAGAAAGUGGAAGAAAGCAGAAGAGAAGCUGGAACGAGAACUCCUGGAAGCAGAAGCCUCAGAGAGUAAAGAAAAAAAACUGAAACUGCACACAGAGACUCUGAAUAUUGUAUUUUUAACUUACUUCAGAAUACUGAAGAAAGUACAGAAAUCCCCUCUUUUGCCUGCAGUACUGGAAGGUCUUGCAAAGUUUGCCCAUCUGAUAAAUGUAGAAUUUUUUGAUGACCUGUUGGUUGUUCUGCAUUCUCUCAUUGCAUCUGGGGAUCUAAGCUAUCGGGAGAGUCUUCAUUGCGUUCUCACUGCUUUUCAUAUUCUGUCUGGGCAAGGUGAUGUUCUUAACAUUGACCCUUCGAAGUUCUACAGUCACCUUUACAGGACACUAUUUAAGCUACAUGCAGGUGCUACGAAUGAUGACAUGGUGAUAGUGCUUCAAUGCCUGGAUGUAAUGCUUACCAAACGUAGGAAACAGGUUUCCCAGCAACGAGCCCUUGCUUUCAUAAAGCGACUUUCCACACUUGCUCUCCAUGUCCUUCCAAAUUCCAGUGUUGGGAUCUUGGCAACCAACAGAAUAUUGAUGCAAACAUUCCCAAAAACAGACCUCCUGCUAGACAAUGAGGCUCACGGUAGUGGACUUUAUCUCCCAGAAUUGGAUGAGCCAGAGUGUUGCAAUGCCCAGAACACAGCUCUGUGGGAAUUACAUGCGCUACGGAGACACUAUCAUCCAAUAGUACAGAAAUUUGCAGAUCACCUUAUUGCUGGAGCUCCAGCUGAAGGUUCAGAAGCUCUCAGACCAGAUCUGAGCCGAAGAUCUGGCACAGAUCUUUUUGAGACAUAUAAUAUGAAAGGAAUGACUUUUAAUCCUCCUGUAGCAUCAGUUACACCCAGAAAAAAGGAUAAAUUUUUACAAGGGGAUUCAUUUGUAAAUGAAGAUUUAAAGGAAUUGAUUCAGACACAUCUCAGUGAGACUGCUGUUCACAGACCCUUGGAUUUUGCUAAACACUUAAAGGAAUCAUCCCUAUCAUAAGGUUUGUUUUUUUUUAAUCUUAAAACGUGACAGAACACCAGUCAAUACAACAAUCCAGUUCCUGAAAACUGAGUAGUGUGCAACACAGCCAAGACCUAUGGCUUCCAAUGUCAAUCCCAUGCAAGCGCUGAUACCAGCAUUCACUUUACAUAGAAACAAAUACAGACGUAGGUAGGAAGGGUUAAAAAAAAUGCUUAAGUGUAGAAUAAAAUGUUUUCUUUACAAAACA